GCUAUAUAGGACUCCACAAAGCGGCUGUGCUAACAGUUCGUCGGAUUUUCACCGACUCAUCAGGAGGUUGAACCCCGACUGUCUGCGUAGGAUGCAUUUGUGUGACGGAUACGGAGUCACCAUCCACGUCGACCAGAGUUUGCGACACCCUGAGAAAAGCGGUGGGCUUCACUCACACCAGCCCUGUGUGCGUGUGUGUGUGUGUGUGUGUGUGUGUGGGUGGGUGGGUGUGGGUGGUGUGCUUGCCGCAUAUAUAGUAUAUAUCUAUAUAUACGAUAUAUAGAAAGAUAGAUUAUAUAUAUAUGUAGAGAGAGAGAGAGAGAGAGAGAGAGAGAGAGAGAGAGAGAGAGAGAGAGAGAGAGAGAGAGAGAGAGAGAGCUGCUCUAGAUUGAUGCUGGAAGCCGCGAAGACUGAAACUUGGAGGAGCGCUGAACAGCUCCGCGUGAAAGAGGGUGCUAGAGUUAUGCCCCCCGGAUCUGGAGGAGGAGGAGGAGGAGUAGGAGGAGGAGGAGGAGGGGGUUGUAAUGGCAGUGAGAUACAUUCCGCGAAGGUCCUGCCGCGAGUUUAUGUCCUUAUUGGGUGCAAACACGAAGUCGCAAACUUGCUGUUGUUGGGAGGUACCAGCAAUCCGUUGGGUUUGGGAGUGUCGUUCAGAAUGAAAAAGAGACCAGGGAUCGCCGGCCUCAGGCAGAGGACUGAUGCCAGGAAUCAAUUUGAGACGCUCGGCAAGAAUGUUGCCAGGUUCAAGAUGGACCAGAUGAGGGAGCAGCUUGCUACAUUCAGAAGCAAUCUUGAAGAUUUUGCACGCAAGCACAUCAAUGAUAUAAGGAGGAAUCCAACAUUCCGAGCGCAGUUCCAUGAGAUGUGUGCAAACUGCGGAGUAGACCCACUUGCAUCAAACAAGGGGUUUUGGGCAGAGCUGCUAGGAAUCGGAGACUUCUACUAUGAGCUCGGGGUGCAGAUUGUAGAUAUUUGCCUUGCGACACGGGUGCAUAAUGGGGGUCUCAUCGACUUGAACGAGCUGCAGUCACUGCUGGCAUCAAAGAAUCGAGCAAGCAGGGAGUCUGUGUCUGAAGAUGAUUGCCUUCGUGCAAUUGGCAAGCUAAAGGUUCUAGGGAAUGGGUUCGAAGUUCUGUCAGUAGGCAGACGUAAGCUGGUGCGUUCUGUUCCCACGGAGCUGAGCACGGACCAUAACGCCAUUCUUGAGCUAGCCCUGGAGAGGGGUUAUGUUACUUCCCCUGGUGUCGUGGCUCGGCUUGGAUGGAAGGGAGACCGAGUUGCAGAAGCUUUUCGGACGCUUCUCCAAGAUGGACUGGCUAUGGUUGAUGAUGGUGCGGCGGAUGGCAUUCAAAGACUUUGGAUCCCCUGUGCAGAGGGAAAAUUCUCCAGUGCAGUUUUGGAAGCUGGGUCCUGAAAGGCCCGGCAGACUGAUUUUCAGGAUGACCCUCACAAAGGCUGGUGGACGCUCUUUUUCUUCUUCUUCUUCUUCUUCUUCUUCCACUUCUUCUUCUUUUUCUUCUUCUUCUUGGAAGCAGCCACGGGGGGGCUCUUAUUGUGACUGCCUUCAUAUUUUUCCGUUAUUUUGAUGAUGGCCCUCAAGCUUGAAACGCACUGACCGGUGACUGAGUGAGCAUCACAGGCGAAUUAUCCGCUGGGCAACCCACAAAGAUUCAAAGCCCUGCAACUGAGUUGUUCCUUCUCUGUUUAUUUGUGGCCAGAAAAAGAGUUAGCAUUCAGCACUUGUUGCAUUACUUUCGGACAUGACAUGGGCUUGGUCAUGGAGGAAGUUUGUUUUGGAGGGUAUAUAGCAUGUACGUGUUGUUUCUCACGUUGUCCGUUCAUUCUGAAGGGUAUGAAGCAUCGGUAUUUGCGUCAUUAGGAUUCGUGGUUUGAUUGACAGGUGGAAAGGUGGCAAAAAAAAAAAAAUUAUUAUGAGAAGUCACCAUGUGUCAAAGAUUCGUUUGAAAAUGGGGACGGGACAUCGACAGGUUGUCGGAAAUCAGAAGGCUCUGAUCAUACUUGAGACGGGCAAUGUACCCUGAGGUGGUCGGGUCCAUUCUUAUGGAUUGGCUCCAAUCUCUGCUCUCUGGAAGUCUUACCCGAUUUCACAAAAUACGGAAUUGUAAGUGUACGAGUCAAAGCAAGGCAAAUCGUCUCUCCACACGGAGGAAGGAAAAUAUAUCAUCUCUAGCUCUGGGCAAAUUGUAAGUGUACGAGUCAAAGCAAGGCAGACCGUUACUGACAACUUACCAUCGUCCAUCCAAAUAGUCUGUGCUGGUCACUGUCCCAUUUCACUGGAGUACAUGAUUGUAAGGAGUGCAUGCACCGAAAGGAGGAAAACUGUCUAGAUACGUUGAGGAAGGCAAGUCAUUAUCUCUAGCUCUGGGCACUGCCCAGUGGAGGCAGGAUUUAUUUGUCACUGCCAUCCUAUUUCAUAAAGUCCGCAUUCAUCAACCAUGACCGUGACAGUGUCUCUUCUAACACAAAUGGCUGGGGAUAGGAUGAUGAUCAUUGCCUGUGGCAAAAGUGAUUUGAGAUUGCAGAUGCGGUUGAGGAUGUAGACUCUAGUAUUGUUGUUGAUGUCAUAGUCGGUAAUUAAUUAGUGUCGGUAAGUAAUAAUACCAGUGGAUAAUGUGGAGGGUCCGCACCAAACCUCUAGGAGAUCGUUUAGGUUAUGGGAAGAAGGCCAGAUUUUAAGCACCAGAGAACGGCUACCUGGGCCGCGGGCCUGACACCUUGAAUUCCUGAGACACGAAACGAAAAAGCGACCACCGGCGUUUGACGGUUCGGCCUCGUCUUCCUGUGGUGACAAGUUUUGGACUGCAAGUCUGGGGCCAUGUACUAGCGGUCUAAAGUAGAGUUGUUGUGCCGUACGUGAGACCGGAUGACUGGUGGUGAUGAUGCAGUGCCAGCAAUGGCUUUUUCUUAGUGAUGGCACUGAUGGGGUUUAUAGUGUUUUGGGACCGAUGGUGUAACACUUAUGCAAGCAACAGUAGACUGAGAAGCCAUUCAACUUGUCUGAUCCAGGCGAUGGGAUGGUUGAUGAAGGGAUGGGAGAGUCAUGAGCCAUUUUAAG